UGUGUGGCAGCUUACCAGAGAGGGGCUGGCUGUCAGACCUGUUCUGCCCCUGUUCAUCGCCUUCCUCCCCGAAUCAUGUGACCAUGUGAUCACGCAGUCUCUGCACAGUCAGACAACCGGAGGAAAACUUGUGACCGAAGCAGCAGCUGUGGAGCUGGCGGCGUCAGCGCAGUUCUCCGAGGGAUAAAAACUGGACCCGGGCGUCUCCGCACUCCUUCAUCCAUCUGUGCACCUCCGCCACCCAACAUGGACUGCGGCAUCUUCACCUCCAAGACCGUGCUCCUCUUCCUCAGCUUGGUGUUUUGUGCUGCAGGAGCGGUGUUGGCCUACAUCGGGUCCUACGUGAUCCACAGCUACAACAACUUCGACAGUUUCAUUCAGGACAAGUAUGCGCUGGUCCCAGCAGCUAUCACCAUCGGCAUCAGCGUGGUGAUGUUCGUGUUCGGUCUGCUGGGAUGCUGCUCCACGCUACGGGAGUCCAAGUUCGGCCUCAGCUUUUUCUUUCUGGUCAUCAUGAUGAUGUUUGCGGCUGAGGUUGCUGCCUUGGUGUUUAGCUUCAUCUACCAGGGCAAGAUCAGCGGAGACCUGGAGCGCUCUAUGAAUGAGUCCUUCUCAAUGUAUGACGGUCAGGGCACUGAAACCAAAGGUGUGGACUACUUGCAGUCUCAGCUGCAGUGCUGUGGAGUUAACAAUUACACCAGCUGGGCCAACACGACCUGGUUCAGCAGCCAAAACAACACAGUGCCUCUGUCCUGUUGUAAGAACAGCACCACACAGUGCACUGGCAGACUGGACCAACCAAACCUGCUCAACGUCGCGGGCUGUCAGGUCAAGCUGCAGAGCCUCAUAGAGGAUGUGUGGGGAUACGCCAUGCUGGUCAUUCUGGGCUUCGCCGUCGUCAAGUUCUUCGGGAUGACGAGCGUAUGUGUGAUCACCUGUAGAAGUGGCAACCGGAGGAGUGGCUACCAGCCUCUCUAUGCCUGAAGUCCUCCACAACCUCCGCCCCUAGGUGUGCUGACCACUUGAGAACAAAAGGCCUCCUUAUUCUGCUCUGUACUGAAGCAUACAGGUCCAACAUGUAGAAGUGUAAUGGAACACAGUAGAGCAAACACCUCCGCCAAGGCCCAACAAUCCUACACACCGCUGUCUAGUUAAUACAUAUUCUCCUUGGCGGAGAACAACACACAGGUGCAAACUCAAAAUCACAUUUCUCCCUAAAAAAAAGAAUAAGUCCAAUUUUUAACAUUUUUUUAAAAUAAUUGUCCUAAUGUCCCUCAGGAGAUUUGUAUGAGUCUCAGGUGUCCAUGUUGGUUGAGCUGUCAAAGGUUUCCUUACUAUCACAGGCCAACCACAGUGAAAAAAUUCUUCAGUAAUAAAAUUGUUGGAAAUACUGAACCCUGUUGGAUUUUGUUAGCUCAAAGCAGUUUUCUCCUUGCUGCUGGAUCACAUUGAUAUUCUUCUACAGAACAUUCUUCUUUGACAUGUAUUGUAGCAAAAGAUUGCAACCUAGGUUUUAAGCUUUUUGUGAUCAUGAACAAAAUAAAUUAAAAGCAGUUAAACGCCUUAUUUAGAAUUGUAACUGACAAAUGGAUGAAGUAUAUGCAUAUAAUGUUGAAUGGUCAGUUGACUGUAUUUAAUUAAGUUACAGUUCUAGUACGUAUUUUGACGAUUGGUUGUUAUUGUGUUUCUAAAUUAAAAAGGUCAAUAUUUCACAAUAA